AAUUUGAUAGUUUGAUUAUUAAUAGAUACAAAGAAGGAUUACAUACAGCACAAACCUCUAUCCAAAAACAUCAUUAUCGCUCAAUUGAGAUUAAGACAUUAGUCACAUAACGGAGAAUUAUCAAUUUAUCAUACUAUCCCAUUACGAGUGUCAAUUUCUUGCAAAAGUCACAACUAAACUUACACAAAAAAAAAGCACAAAAUAAGGAAUAAAAUCAACCAUAUUGUAUGCAAUCAAUUUUAUUACCCCUUUAAAAGAGAUUCAUUUCCUAUUUUCCAACCUACAAAUACAAAUAAUCUCACACCAAAAAAAACACCACAUUCUUUCCUUUUCUUUUUUCUCUCAUUCAUUCUCUCUCCUCACAUUUUAACAAUGGGUUGCAUUUCCUUCAUAUUUUCCACCAAAUUCAUAUUCUCUCUCCUCCUCUUCUCCGCCAUUCCUAUCGGCAUUCUCAUCACCCUUGAGAGGACCCCACCAUCUACACACGUGUACCAAUAUCAUAGCAACAGCUGGCUCAGGGAAUGUGCCAAGUGGGAUGAUCUCAACCGUCGAUUCCUCGUCUCCUACAUGGAGGGUGGUGUAGGAGAACUCAAACUCCAAACCGAUGAUAAUCAUGUAUUGGAUGAAAUCACAGCAUUUAAAGACGUUGACUUGGCUGGAAAUGCUUCCGUCGGUAUUUCCAUUGACCGGUCGAGGAAUCGUCUUCUUGUUGUUACGGCUGACUUGAUUGGUAAUCGUUACGGUGGUCUCGCUGCUUACGACCUUUCCUCUUGGCGUCGUUUGUUUCUAACUCACCUUACUAAGCCUGGAGGUGAAAAGGCAUUUGCGGACGAUGUAGCCGUUGAUGAAGAAGGCAAUGCAUACGUAACCGAUGUAAAAAACAGCAAAUUAUGGAAGGUUAAUGUAGAUGGAAAGUUGUUAUCAAUCAUAAAAAGUCCUCUUUUUACUCCAAAAGAAUGGUACAAAAAUUUGGUAGGACUCAAUGGUAUUGUGUACCACCCUGAUGGUUACUUGCUAGUCAUUCAUACAUUUUCGGGUAAUUUGUACAAGAUCGAUUUGAAGAAGGGAGAGGAAAUCACGUUAGUGAAAAUCGUUAAGGGAUCACUCCAAUUUGGUGAUGGGUUAGAGUUAUUAUCUCCAACUAAGCUCGUGGUUGCAGGGAACCCUGCAGGGCGGUUGGUGGAGAGUACUGAUGGGUGGGAGACUGCUUCCGUGGUUGGGAAGUUCUCUGGCGCAAUGCAUAGGUUGGCUACGGCUGCAACGGUCAAGGAUGGGAAGGCGUAUAUAAGUCAUUUGAUUGGGUUGGGAUACCCUAAGAGGAAACAUGUCAUUGUAGAAGCUGUUUUUAGUUCUUAGAAAGGGAAAGAAUUUAAAUUAUAUUAAGUCAUUGAUACAUUAUUGUCUUAGUUUAGGUUACUUAACAUUUUUUUUAAUGUGUGUUUUCCUUGAAUUAAGAGGAAAAAUGAGUUGAAAACCAUAUUUGAAGGGGCUAGUUAAUUGUUUCCCUAGCCAAGUUAUACUACAAUAUUGGUAAAAUAUUGAUUUGUAAUUUGGUUUAUGAAUCCAAAUGGAAGAAAAAGAUGGUUUGGUUUGUUUU